AGCGUUUACUCUCUUGGCAGUUGGACAGCGUUUAGAGUACUCUCUCUCUCUCCUGGUCUCCUCUCGCCCUGAAACCCUUCUCCUUCCUCCUCCCAAAAUUCCGAGAAACCCUAUCCUUUUCUACCUCAAGUCUUCUUCUUCACUCUCUCCAGUGGUCUCAUUUCCUCAGAUCUGGUGGUUUUGCGACGGGUUGGAGCACGGAAUCCAUCUUCUCGCGGCGGAAAACGCCGGUUUUGAGAUCUCCGCGGCUUAAAACCCCGCAUUCCGAAAUUUACCGUCGAGUCAUUGCACUGCUUUUCCGAAUCGGAGCAUUGCGUAAUGAGUUGAGCGAGAUCUGUGGGUUUGUGGGAUCGGCGAGGUGGAGAGGAGGAUUAAUUGGAUAAGGCUUGUGAUAAGAGGAUUUUCUGGAAGGAAUCUGGUCUGGAGAAUAGUGAAUAAGUGCAGGCGGUAACAGUGGUGUGGAUUGGAGUAUUUUGAAGCAAAUUUGAUAUAGGGAGGCAUAUAGUCAGGAUUGAGCCCUGUAGCAAUGUCAAUUCUGCAGCACCGCACCACUUCAUAGCUGUCUUUGACCUGGUUGCCUCAAUAAUCUGUAAGCCGGGCAGAUAUUUUGGUGCGGGCCCCUGCACCAUAUUUGAAGGUAUAUGCAACUAAUGGAGGCUGAGUUGUGUUUGUCUCGAGCUCUAUCUUCGUCUCGGGAAGAAAGUGGAGAUGAAGAGCUCUCAGUACUUCCUAGGCACACCAAAGUCAUCGUUACUGGUAACAACAGGACGAAGUCAGUUUUGGUUGGGCUGCAAGGUGUCGUAAAGAAAGCUGUCGGUCUUGGCGGCUGGCAUUGGCUGGUCCUCAAGAAUGGGGUGGAGGUAAAGCUGCAGAGGAAUGCCUUGAGUGUUUUAGAAGCUCCAACUGGUAAUGAGGAUGAUGAUGACGACUGUGAUAACUCUUUCUGCAGCAGCUCUGACAUGGGAGAGAAAGAUAUUGAUUAUAGUAGCGUAGAGGUCCACAAACCAACAAAGCCCAGGGCUCGGCAUACCAGGCCUUGGACAUCUUCAGCCAAGUCGAAUAACCGUGGCAUCUAUCGAGACAUCCACAGUUACAAGCCUCAGAUGAGGGUGAACUUGGCAAAACUCGGGACUGCCACCUUGUGGAGAUAUUGGAGGCACUUCAAUCUGGUAUAUUUCAGACCUCCUGGCCCUGUCAUAGCGUCUUGUGGAAGAUGUGUUUUUUUUUGGCAGAGUAACAUCAAGCAUGCACAACGGUAUUUCAGGCGAGCAUCAAUCCCAACCCAUCGAAGGAACAACUGGUUCAUGGUGUGCAGCACCAUUUCCUUUCUCAGCAAUUGGAUGAGAUGCAGGUUAUUGUGGGGUUCAUCCACACAGCCAAGAGGUUGAAGACCAUUUACUCUUAAGAACAGAACUGGAAGAGUAGUGCAAUCCCGAUUGCUGUACGCUUGGACCAAGAUAUGAAAUCUAAAGGGAGAUCAUGUUAUAACCACCAAAAAAUUAGGGGGAAGAUCAUGUUUCUUAUGCUGAUGGCCAGAUUUGAAGUUAAGAGCGCUGCAGUCUCAUUCACAUGUAGCACAGUUGUACUGAGUACUAACCAUGCUAUAUAAGGUUUUGUAGUGUACUAUCCUACUAUAUCUAGAGCUAUAAUUUGGUGCUCUUCCAAAACA